GGCGCUGACGCGGCCUCGCGCCAACCCCGCCACUGCCGCCAUGUCGCCGCUGCUCGCCUGCGCCACUCUUGCUGCACUUUGCGCCACCGCCACUGCUCUGUGGUCCGCCGCCGGCGUUAUUCCACCCACCUGCGCCAUUAAGGAAUUUGGUCGAAAAACUAACCACACAUAUGAAUUCCCGAGAUACAUUCCAUGCCCAGACGGCAAAUUAAUGAUUCCCGAGACCUGCCCCCGUCCAUUGAGACGGGUCGGGCAGACGAUACUGGCGUGCCUGAACAGUGCAGCCUCCCAGGCCCCCCCCACCAUCCACGACCAGCCGCCCUACCACAAGUACACCCCCAUCCGCGUCACCUGUCCGCAUGUCGAAUAUGAGUCUGAUUACUCCACGAUUUACGUCACCGAGUACUGUGGCUAUCCUGAUAGCAUGGACGGCAUUCCACUAUUGAAUUCAUUGAAUUAUGAUAUAUAAUAAUAUUAUAUCAAUAUUCUGUGUACAA